CCCAAGUGAAAUCAAGUUACAGAACAACAGGUGGCCACCAAAAGCAAAGCAGAGCAUAGAAUAAUUUACACCCGAAGCCCUGAAGGUUGACUAGCCACAUAUCGUGGAAUUGGCUUGCGCUUAGCAGGUGACUUAUUAGUCCCUCUGUCUUUCAAUGGUCUCCUAUAAGUGAACUCUUUCAGGCCCACUGAUACAUGAUGACGAAAUUUCAUCCAUGUACACGUUCUCCUUGUCCUUGCGUCGUGCAGUCGCUUUAGCAGGAAGUAUAAGAGGCUUCAACUGCGGAGGCUUGAGAGCUGAGACAUUGGACCCAGGCUCGGGUUUCCCGGGCUUGUUCACAUUCACAACCAUCUCACGCCUGUCCGAGUCUCUUUUCCUUCCCCAACCGAGGGCUUGUCUCUUGGCUUUAGAGUCCACCCGCUUCCUCUCUGACUGCUGUUCCGCCUUCCUCACGUUCUUUGCCUUGGUCUUGUCCUCAAGAUGCUUGCGAACCCCAAAGGUGUCGAGCACAGGGAGCUGGAAAGGACUGAUGGGCUUGAACGGAGCAAUUUUAGGCGGUGGAGAGGAGGGUGUUUCCCUAGCGAAAGGAGCAAAAACGGUGGCAAAAGGAGAAAUAACAGGAAUAGGAGCAGAUGCAGGAGCCUCGGGUACAUCGUCGGGGAAGGCAAAGCUAAAAGCUGAGGGGGUGGUUGACGCCUUGGAUCCAGUGGAGCUCUUCUUCUCAUACUUGGUGGUAAGGGACAUUUUGGGCUUGUUGACAGGGACUGGUUUUGGGAGAGGCAGACCGUAAGGAGAACAAAGGGAUCGAGCGUCAUUGAGUGACGAUUUGCGACGAUGGGCAAUACGACCAACGGGAAGCUGCUCAAGUGGUUUAUAGGCUUGGGAGGAUUGGGUAAGGAACGCCGCAAUUUCAUCCGUGGUCCGUGGCAUGUUCCAGUCUGCUGUCUCAUUAGAUAUUUCUUCAACGCUCGAUGAGAUUACACACCAGAAAUAGCCAUCCUCGAUUCUUCGCUGUCCACCCACACAUUCUUAGCCUUUCUGAACUCAUCCAUGGCUUCCCUCUCCCACUGCACCCAAGUCCUGACCGAAUCGAGCCUAUUAACUUCUUCUUCCAUCUCGAGAGUUUCAACGCCCACGAUAGUAAGAUCAUUUUGAGAAGCAAUGGCAAAAGUUCGUGCAGGACUAGUAAAUGACCUGUUUGGACGGAGUGUGGCCAAGGAGGGCAUUUCAUGAAUGGUCGCAUCAAUGUUAACCUGAGCAGACGAGGUUUGCCGGCGAUGCCCUCGAGCACGGGCACCAAGGGUGAACGAAGCAG